CCUCACCCCGUGUCAGGGACGCAGCCUAAUCUUUUUCCUUCGGAACACAGUAUUGUCCCCAGAAAAACACCCCAAUGACACGGCAAAUUUAAUUCCGAAGGAAACCUCGGAUUCUUCGUCAGCCUGAAUCCAACUUUUGGGUCCCGCUCCGCCCUCCCUCCCCCGCUGGCAGCUUGUUGCCAUGGAGAACUCGUCAGUGGCGUCAGCGUCGUCGGAGGCCGGCAGCACGCGCUCCCAGGAGAUUGAAGAGCUGGAGCGCUUCAUCGACUCCUAUGUGCUGGAGUACCAGGUGCAGGGCCUACUGGGUGACAAGGGCGAGGCGGUCACAGACGGGGACAAAACCCAGUCCCAUGUGUCCCAGUGGACAGAGGACUGCAGUGAUAAGAUAGAUGGCAGCUGGUCAUCGUCGCGGGGGAGAGCUUCAUCCAAACCAGACGAGUGGGAGCACAGCAGUAAUGGGAGCACAGGGUCGAGGCCCAGCUCUGGCUCUAGGCCUGGCUCUGGUUCCAGAUCAGGUAGUCGGGGACGGAAUAACCAGUUUAGAGCUCCAGCCAAGAAUGGAAACAGAGAGGGCUCAUUAGACAUCUUGGGCACAGACAUCUGGGCUGCCAACACCCUGGACGGUGGAGCCACAUGGGAUCUUCAGCCCGAGAAGUUGGAUUUCUCUCAGUUUCACAGGAAGCCAUACCGCGGGACACCAAAGCACCUCCCACACAUUGAUCGUGAGGGGAUGAUAAAGGGCAAGCUUGAUGAUGAUGAUGGCAUUGAUCUGACUGAGAUGGAGAAGUUUCUGCCUGGUUUAAGAGCCUUUCCUCCUCUGCCUAAUGAAGCUGAAAUCGCACACACCAAAAAACUCUUCAGAAGACGGCGCAAUGACAGGCGAAACGUUCACCAGGACCAGUUAACGGUGUUGCUGUCUGCCCAGGGGAAACGGCAAGUGACCAGGAGACAACAGCGGACGCCCACCGGAGGAGGAGGAGGAGGAGGAGGAGGAGGGGGGAAGGCCCAGAAUCCUCAGCAGCAGCAGCAGCAGCAGUCACCUCAACAACAAAACACUCAGCAGCAUCAGCAACAACAGCAACAGCCAACGCCCCAGCAGCAGAACCAGCCCCAGGGCAGCGAUCAGCAGGGAGGCAAUGCCAAGCCCAGUGGCCGUCCGUAUCAGGGCCAGGGCCAAGGCCAGCGCCCACACCACGGCUACAGCCAGAAUCGCCGCUGGCACCACCCCCAGAAGCACCCGGGCAACGCGCCUCAGGGAGCCUCGCCCAGCCACAAGGGGGCGCCGCGUAAUGCCAAAGACUCUGAGAAUGUAAGGGCCGAGGAGGAGGGUGCGGACAGAGAGCGGGCCCCCAGGGAGCAGGGCUCCCACAAGGAGGCCCCGGCCGAGGGGCCCCGAGUCAGCCUGCUGCAGUCAUCUAAGGAAAGGCUGAGGAGGAGGCUCAAGGAGAAGGAGGAGGUUCCUGUCCUGCCCGCGGCCCCCCAGCGCAGCCGCAUGGACCGGCUGCAGGAGCUGCUCAACAGCAUGCGCAACAACAGCAGCGGCGUGGACAGCCAGCUCAGCUCCUUCAUGGAGGAGGCGCAGAACUCGGCCAGCUCCGAGGAGAUGCUGGAGGAGAUCGUCCGCACCAUCUACCAGAAAGCAGUCACGGACCGGAGCUUUGCCGCCAUGGCCGCCAAGCUCUGCGACAAGAUGGCUCUCUUCAUGGUCGAGGGCACCAAGUUCCGCUCCCUGCUCCUCAAUAUGCUACAGAAGGACUUCACCCGCCGAGACGAGCUGCAGCAGACCGACGUGGAGAGCUGGCUGGGUUUCAUCACCUUCCUGUGUGAGGUGUUUGGGACCAUGAGGAGCAGUGCGGGAGAGCCCUUCAGGGUGCUGGUGUGCCCCAUCUACACCUGCCUCAGGGAGUUGCUGGAGUCACCAGAGGUGAAGGAAGAUGCUGUUCUCUGCUGUUCCAUGGAGGUAAGGCUCACUGGGCGUCUGCUGGAGGAGCAGCUGCCUGAGAUGAUGACUGAGCUGCUGGCGACCGUGCGGGACAAGAUGCUGUGUCCGUCUGAGUCGCAACUGCUCAUGGAGGUCAUGCAACGCCACCGCUGGGGCUCCACUUUCGCCACCACGCAGUACUACAACAGAACCAUCCAGAAGCUGACCGCGUGACCUCCGCCACCACCCUGACCCCAGCAACCCCCCACCCGCCUCCAAUAUAUAACACACUUAUAUAGACACACACACACACACAGCGACAGGACAGGACAGGACAGGACAGGAGCAGAACUGAGGUUGUGUGGGAUGGCAUUAAGGUUUGAGAUGGAUGGUGAAUGGAGGGAUAUGGGAUAUGGCAUACACACACACACACACACACACACAUCACACAUACACACACACACACACACACACACUUA